CAUAGUAUGCUACCUUCAGUAAAGGCCUUUCUCAAUGGCUCUUCAUCUUCUUGCUUCAGUCCACAUGCUCCCAUUAAAACGUUCCAUGGCAGUACUUGUAACAUCCGGAAGUGUCAAUGUUUCUCGUCCUUUCCAAUGCAGGGCCACCAACGAAAUCUCAAGUACUAAUUCCAAUAUUACUAGUGUUCGGCGAUCAGCAAAUUAUCAACCUCCCAUUUGGCACUAUGAUUACAUCCAGUCACUUACAAGUGAAUAUGUGGGGAAAUCAUGCACCAGACGGCUUGAUAAGUUGAAGGGAGAAGUGAGAAUGAUGUUUGACGACAAAGAGGUGGAUCCUCUGGAGCAACUCGAGCUGAUUGAUAUCCUGCAAAGACUUGGAUUAUCAUAUCACUUUGAGGAUGAAAUAAGAAGCACAUUGGAAGGUGUAUACAUGAAUACCAACCAUGGUAUAUGCAAGAAGGAGAAGAACUUAUACGCCACUGCUCUUGAGUUUAGACUGCUAAGACAACAUGGAUAUAGUGUGCCUCAAGAUAUUUUCAAUAGUUUCAAGAAUGAGAUAGGGAACUUCAAGGAAUUGCAUCGUGAAGAUACUAAGGGAAUGCUUUGCUUAUAUGAAGCUUCGUUCCUUUUGAUAGAAGGUGAAAGUAUCUUGGAGGAAGCAAGAGAUUUCACAACCAGACAACUCAAAGAGUACAUAAAGCAAAACAAAGAUCGAAAUCUUUAUGUUAUGGUGAGCCAUGCCUUGGAGCUUCCGCUACAUUGGAGGAUGCUAAGGCUUGAAGCGAGGUGGUUCAUUGAUGUAUAUAGGAGCAUAGAGGACAUGAACUCUACCUUGCUUGAGCUUGCAGAAUUGGACUUCAACAUAGUACAAGCAGCCCACCAAGAAGAUCUUAAACAAGUGUCAAGGUCGUGGAGGAGCAUCGGCUUUGGCGAAAAGUUGAGCUUUGCAAGGGAUAGGUUGAUGGAGAGUUUCUUAUGGGCAGUGGGAAUAAUAUUUCAGCCUCAGUUCGGAUAUUGUAGGAGAAUGUUAGUGAAGGUCAUUGCACUGAUAACUACAAUCGAUGAUGUUUAUGAUGUAUAUGGCACCUUGGAGGAACUUGAGCUCUUCACAGAUGUUGUUGAGAGAUGGGAUACCAGUGCAAUGGAUCGGCUCCCAUACUAUAUGAAGAUAUGUUUUCUUGCUCUCCACAAUUCCAUUAAUGAAAUGGCCUUUGACACUCUUAAAGAACAAGGAUUCCAUAACAUUCAGUACCUUAAAAAAGCUUGGGCAGGUUUAUGCAAAUCUUACUUGCUGGAAGCAAAGUGGUAUUACAGCGGAUAUACACCAUGCUUUCAAGAAUACGUUGAUAAUGCAUGGGUUUCAAUAUCAGCACCAGUUGUAUUAGUGCAUGCUUAUUUUCUUGUCACAAAUCCAAUAACAAAGGAAGCUUUGGAUUGCUUGGAAGAGUACCCCAACAUAAUUCGUUGGUCAUCAAUGAUUGUACGACUUGCAGAUGAUCUUGGAACAUCUAAGGAUGAGUUAGAAAGAGGUGAUGUUCCAAAAUCAAUCCAGUGUUACAUGAAUGAAACUGGUGCAACUGAAGAAGAUGCCCGUGAGUACAUAAGGUCUUUGAUUAGUAACACGUGGAAGAAGAUAAAUGAAGAAAGAGCUGCGGAUUCUCCCUUCUCUCAACCAUUUAUUGAAAUCGUAAUGAACCUUGGGAGGAUGGCUCAAUGCAUGUACCAGUACGGGGAUGGACAUGGUGUUGUAGACCGUGAAACUAAGAAGCGCAUAUUAUUAUUAUUCAUUCAUCCUGUUCCUCUACAGAGGGAUCAACUCGUUAAAACAUGAUGGUCUUUAUCCUUUUCUGUUUUUAAUUUUGAAGUGAUCAAAUGUACUCUACUUGUAACGUCUAUUUCUU